AUGUUAAUCGGACUGAAGAACCAGCAUCUCAGCAUCGCUCUCAAGUGCCGCGAAGGAAAGCCGAAUGAUCCUGUAGCUAUCAAAACUCGAUUAGGCUGGACGGUGUGUGGUGCUGGUACAGCAGAAUCUGCAACCAGUCCGGUGCACUCUGUCUACCAUAUAGGUUCUAGUGAGAACUAUCGACAAUCCGACGACGAUCUGCACCAAACUAUUAAAGAGUAUUUUGCACUGGACAGCAUGGGAAUUAUGAAGCCACAGGAAAUAACUCAUAGGACAACGCUACGAAACCGGUUUACUCUGGCGCCACGACUCAAUCCGUCUGCCGGACAGCCAAGCGAUGGCUAUACGACGUUUUACUGUCUCGAGAAGCGCAUGAAGAAGGACGAAGCACUCGCAAACAUACUGAGGGAGAAAAUAUCCGAACACCUUAACAAAGGUUACAUACGAAAGUUAUCCGAGGACGAGCUACGCCAAUCAUUUCAUCGCAUCUGGUACCUUCCCAUGUUCCCAGUAACAAACCCAAACAAGCCAGACAAGGUGAGAAUAGUUUGGGACGCGGCUGCUGAGGCUUUUGGGACAUCACUCAACUCAGCGUUAUUGAAAGGCCCAGAAAACUCCUCAUCCCUGUUUGCUGUGUUGACUCGAUUUCGAGAGCACCCCAUAGCUCUGACAGGUGACAUACGGGAGAUGUUUCAUCAAGUUCUCAUCCGGAAUGAAGACCAACAGUGUCAACGCUUCUACUGGAGAGACGAUAACGGCCAGAUAGCGACCUACGCGAUGUGCGUGAUGACCUUCGGUGCUUGCUGCUCCCCUAGCUGUGCCCAGUACGUUAUGAGAUUGAACGCCGCUCGCUUUGCUCAAGACUAUCCAGCAGCAGUGGAGGUGAUAGAGAACAGACAUUACGUAGAUGAUAUGUUGGUUAGCGUGGACACUGAAGAGGAAGCCAUCAAACUAGCUCGGGACGUGAAGUUCGUGCACUCACAGGGUGGGUUCGAAAUCCGAAAUUGGACCAGUAAUUCUCGGCGUGUCCUGGAAUGCAUGCAUGGAAGUACCGACGAGGAAAAAAGCUUAGACCUCUCACCACAGAUGACAACAGAAAAGUACUUGGAAUGUGGUGGUGUACCUCUACAGACGUCUUCACCUUCAAGGUCAAAUGGGAUCGUUACGAUACAGACUUGUGGGAAGCUAGCCCCGAAAUACUACGAGGUACAACUACAUACAUUUGUAGACUCUAGCGAGAAUGGUAUGGCCGCUGCAUGCUACCUUCGAUUCGUUCAAGAUGAAGCCGUUCACUGCUGUCUAGUCGCCGCCAAAACAAGAGUCGCCCCGCUAAAAUAUCACUCGAUCCCACGGCUCGAGCUUAUGGCAGCUGUUAUCGGAACAAGACUCUCCCGAACUGUACUCGAUUCUCUCUCGUUCAAUGUGAGCAAACUGUUCUAUCACUCUGACUCUCAGGAUGUAAUCUGUUGGUUAUACUCAGAUCAUCGCCGGUACACACCGUUUGUUGCAUGCCGAGUCAGCGAAAUAUUGGAAGCAACAGAACUAGAUCAAUGGCGCUGGGUUCCCACAAAGCUCAAUGUCGCAGAUGAAGGAACAAAGUGGGGAAAGCUGCCAGAUAUGACUACAGAUUCCAGAUGGUUUAAUGGACCACAAUUCCUGCAGCAACCAGAGAAAGAAUGGCCAUCUCAAUUAGCAAGAAACAGCCAGACGGAUACGGAGCUUCGCCCCCGUCUUUUAACUCACCACGCCAUCUCGAGUCCGGCAAUCCACGUCUCUAGUUGGAAGCGGCUAAUCACGAUAUCCGCGUUCGUUCAUCGUUUUAUCGCAAACUGUCGUAGAAAAAUACAGAAGAAAUCCAUUAUCUGCGACACAUUAUCUACGGAGGAGUUGCAGAUCGCCGAACGUUCCGUUAUACGUCAAGUCCAGCGAGAAGUUUACCCAUCCGAAAUAGCUGCUCUCAAGGACUCCAUGAAUGGACCGACAAACUGCAUUCCGAAGGCCAGUCCACUGUUCAAACUGACUCCCUGGCUAGACGACCAAGGUCUACUGCGAAUGCGAGGAAGGAUAAGUGCCUGCAGUUUAGCAACCGAAGACGCUAAAAACCCGAUAAUUCUCCCACGUGACCACCACACCACCUCACUCAUAAUUUCACAUUAUCAUAAUAAGUACCACCACAUAAAUCACGAAACCACGAUAAAUGAACUCAGACAGAGAUACUGCAUACCUCGUCUACGUGCGACGUAUGCGAAGAUACGCUACAACUGUCAAUACUGUAAGAAUCAUCGUGCCGUACCAAGGCCUCCAAUAAUGGCCGACCUCCCUUCGGAACGACUCGAUGCAUUUGCACGGCCUUUCACCCAUAUUGGUAUCGAUUACUUCGGCCCAAUCGAAGUUGCCUUAGGCCGUCGCGUUGAGAAACGGUGGGGAAUGUUGAUUACAUGCCUAACCAUUCGAGCCAUCCAUAUCGAAGUGGUGCAUACUCUGAGUACCGAUUCCUGCAUCAUGGGGCUCCGUAACUUCGUAGCACGCAGAGGUACACCAAAGACCAUCUACAGUGACCAUGGAACCUGCUUCAUAGGCGCUAGUCGCGAAUUACUAGAGGCUGCGACGACAAUCAAUCAGGACGAGAUUAUGAAGGAGUUUAGUAGCACUGAAAUAUCUUGGAAGUUCAUUCCACCAGCUUCGCCACACAUGGGCGGUAGUUGGGAACGCCUUAUUGGUACCGUGAAGCGCAACCUAAUGGAAAUUCGCCCCUGCAUAAGCCCAAUGACGAGAUCCUGA